GUAUUUAUUUUUCAGAUGGAUUUUUAUUCGAGGUUAUUUAUCUCCAGCAGCACAGAGAGAGAGACGAAAUUCAGACAGACACCACCACAGAUCCUUAUGGAAAACCCAAAGAUCCCCUGGAUCUCCCUUUUGCUUCUGCAGGGUCUUCUACAUGAAGUUAGUGGAUUAUCCAACACCCAGGUUUGUUACCCAGGUGUGACAGACACCAUAUUCAACUAUGGUGCUAAAACACUGAAUGGGACACACUUCAUCCCGUUAUCUAAUUAUGCUGGGAAGUAUGUCCUCAUUGUCAAUGUGGCAACCUACUGAGGUCUUACCUUCCAGUAUUUGGAACUGAAUGCACUACACGAGGAGUUACGAGAUCUUGGAUUCACUAUCCUCGGAUUUCCCUGCAACCAAUUUGGAAAACAAGAACCUGGAGAAAAUCAUGAAAUUCUUCCUACAAUAAAGCAUGUUCGUCCAGGCAAUGGAUUUGUUCCAAACUUUCAGUUAUUUGAGAAGGGGGAUGUGAACGGAAACAACGAACAGGCCCUUUUCACAUUUUUAAAGAAUGCUUGCCCACCUGUAGGAGACAGCUUUGGUGACCCUACCAACAGAUUGUUCUGGCAGCCGCUCAGAAUCAAUGAUAUCAAAUGGAACUUUGAGAAGUUUCUGGUGGGUCCAGAUGGCAAGCCGAUAAAGAGGUGGUUUGCCAGAGUAAAUGUGUCUGAAGUGAGAGAAGACAUCUUGAAACAUUUCCGUCAAAUUGUCCAAAAGGCCGAAUACUUAAACCCAUAGCAUAGGAUUCAACAGUAUGUUCUCCCCUCUCUUUCUC